GCACACGCGAAGCGAUACGGAUCUAUGAAUAGCAAUUUUUUAUUAUUUUUUUUUAAGUGAAUAGAAAUAAACACCGGUUGUUUAUGGAAAUCUAAUAAGCAAAUUUUAUGACAACAAUGCGACGGAAAUACCCCUCAGAACAAGAAGCUAUGGAUCUGGAGGACCAUUCGCAGCAGCCACCGCACUUGGAUGGGUGGUGUACGGACCGGUGAGCGGAAAGAGUUCCGCGUCCUAGCCGAGCCCCAGGAUAAUAUUCUGGAGAAGAUGGUCAGCGAGCCGUGAGAAUCCUGGAGGAGACGACUAAGCAAGUAGGCCGACGAUAUGAAUCCGGGCUGCUAUGGGGAGACGACGAGGUGAAACUGCCGGAGAGCAACAAUAUGGCGCUCAAGAGACUCGUCAACAACGAAAAAAAAAUGAGGCGCGAUGUGGACUUCGCGCGUGCCUAUAAGGGAAUAAUGGAUGAUUACGUCAAGAAGGGAUAUGCACGACGACUGGAGCCCCAGGAAGUCCAGAGGUUCCAGGAAGGAAAGUUAUGGUACCUGCCGCAUUUCGGGGUGAAAAACCCGUACCAACCUGGACAAAACCGGUUGGUCUUCGACGCGACUGCCAAGGGGAACGGCGUGUCCCUCAAUUCAGCGCUAAUGAAAGGCCCACAGCGCUACAAGCCACUCCCAGCAGUGCUCUUCCAUUUUCGGGAAGGAGCAGUUGGGGUUUGUGCAGACAUAAAGGAGAUGUUUCAUCAGGUACUGAUGCAGCCACAGGAUAGAAGUUCCCAGAGGUUCCUGUGGAAGAACGGAGAUGACCAGCGGGAGCCGGACGUAUACGAGAUGCAAGUGAUGACGUUCGGAGCAGCUAGCUCACCAUGUUCGGAGGUCUAUGUGAAGACCGUGAAUGCCUCGCAGUACAGCAGCACGGACCCGCGAGCAGCCCUGGCCAUCAAGGAAUACCACUACGUGGACGACUACAUCGACAGUUUCACCAGUGAAGAAGAAGCUAUCGCCGUUUCGACACGGUUUGGCAAGUGUGGUCAGAGCGUUGAACCCACUUGAAUCCAUCGCUAGCGUCAGAUGGACCGAAGCUGAGGGGAAGGUACUAGGUACUAGGAAUGUACUGGCACCCGGCUACAUAUGACGGCAUCAAAUAUCAUCGAG